AUGAGUGUUGAAAUUGGUACUAAGGUUGAAGGUGAAAGUCGCAUUCGUCGUUCUCAAUUAAGCCCUGAUAAAUUGAUUGAAUCACCCGAAGAAGGUGUUGAAACUCUUUAUGAUGUGGUACAACGUAGUGUUAAAAAAUAUGGUGAUAGAAAGAAUGCUUUUGGUUAUAGAAAAAUUGAAAAGAUAGUUGAAGAAGAAAAAGAAAUCACAAAAAUUGUUGGAGGAGUUGAAAAAAAAGAAUUGAAAACUUGGAAGUAUUUUCAAUUAUCCGGUUACAAUUGGUUGACUUAUAAUGAUAUAGAUCAAGAAAUUAAAACUAUUGGAGCCGGUCUGAUAAAAUUGGGUUUAAAUAAAGGAUCUAAAAUUACAAUCUUUGCUUCUACAAGUGCCAAUUGGAUGCUUGUAACUCAUGGUUGUUUCUCACAAAGUAUGACUAUUGUGACUGCAUAUGACACCCUUGGAGAAGAAGGUCUUCUUCAUUCAAUGAACGAAGCAGAAGUUGAUGGAAUGUUUGCUAACGCAGAUUUACUUCCAAUGGUUAAAAAGGUUGCUGGAAGGUGUCCAACCCUUAAAUUUAUAAUUUAUGAUGGUGAUGCAAAGGGGACAGUCUUGCAAGAAUUGUCAAAUGCUCAUCCAGAUCUUAAACUCUUAACAUUGAAUGAACUUAAAGAGCUAGGCAAAGAUCAUCCAAUAAAUCCAAAUCCACCACAACCACAAGAUAUAUGUUGUAUUAUGUACACUUCUGGAUCUACUGGUAAUCCAAAAGUUGGUGGCACCAACAAACAUCUUGGACAUUUAGUUCAAGAUGAUGAUUCACUUCUUGCAUACCUUCCACUUGCUCAUGUUCUCGAAUUUGUUGUGGAACAUGUAUGUAUUUGGUGGGGUGUUACUUUAGGUUAUGGAGCAAUUCGUACUUUGACAGAUACAUCAGUAAGAAAUUGUCUCGGUGACAUCCGUGAAUUGAAACCUAGUUUAAUGACUGGUGUACCAGCAGUGUGGGAAUCGAUUAGGAAAGGCGUUCUUUCAAAAAUUCAUGCAAGCAGUCCAACUUUACAAAGAAUUUUUGAUCUAGCUUUCACGACUAAAGGUUGGUUAAUGGGUAAAGGAUUACCCACCAGACCUUUUGACGUCUUGGUAUUCAAUAAGAUAAAAGAACAAACUGGUGGAAGAUUGAGAUACGCGUUGUCUGGCGGUGCACCUAUUUCUAAGGAAACACAGGAGUUUUUAUGUAUAACUUUAUGUCCAAUAUUGCAAGGUUAUGAACAAUUUACUUAUGGCAGUGUUGGAACACCAGUACCUUGUAUAGAAGUAAAAUUAGUUGAUGUACCAGAUGCUGGUUAUAAAUCUACAAAUACUCCUAAUCCACAAGGAGAAGUUUGGAUCCGGGGACCCGUGGUUACACAAGGCUAUUAUAAAAAUGAAAAGGUGACCAAAGAAACAUUUACAGAAGAUGGAUGGCUACAAACAGGAGAUAUUGGAGAGUGGAAACCGAACGGAAGCCUAUCAAUUAUUGACAGAAAGAAAAAUUUAGUGAAAUUAGCUCAUGGUGAAUACAUCGCGCUUGAAAAAUUGGAAUCAGUUUACAAAUCAACCUUAUUUGUAUCCAAUCUUUGUGUUUGUGCUGACUCGUAUCAGUCACGUCCUGUAGCUUUAAUUUUUCCUAUUGAAGCACAAAUCAGAAAACUUGCAACAGAAAAAAACAUAGCUGAAACAGAUUUUGAAGAGUUAUGCCGAAAUCAAGAAAUAACCAAUUCGGUACUUCAAGCUUGUCUUGAUAAGGCAAAGAAAGCGGAUUUCAAACCUGCAGAAUUUUUGUCUGCAGUUACAUUAGUGCAUGAAGAAUGGACAGCUCAAAAUGGACUUUUGACAGCAGCACAAAAAAUUAAACGCAAAGAUCUUGAGCAAAAAUAUCAAGCUGAUAUUGAUAGAAU